GCCGCGACAGCCACCCCCGCCAUCGUUCGGGCAUUCCACUCGACGAGUCUCACGCGCUCUCUCGCCCCCAACCAUGGCGUCUCCGCGCGCAUCAUCCGUCAACAAAGAGAGCGAAUCCCCUCCGUCGGACCAGACUCACACGAACAGCCCUCCAGCUCCUAAACCCAAGCGUGGGCUCUUUGGCGGCAAGAAAACCAAGGAAACUAAAUCGUCCACUGAUGAUGACGAGAAAGCCGGUGAUGUUGAAGUUGCCGUCACACCGAAGGUCGAACAGCUUCCACCAGUCUCGUUCACGUCUCUGUUCACGUACUCAACACGGUUUGAGAUCGCCAUUGACUUAAUUGGCAUUGUCUGUGCUAUUGCCGCGGGUGCUGCUCAGCCGCUUAUGAGUUUGCUCUUUGGACGACUCACACAGGACUUUGUCAACUUCGGUUCUGAGCUGGUAAAUUUGGAAGGCAUCCUCUCUACAGGAAAUUCAAGCGCCAUUCAACAAGCUGAACAAAGCCUCGACUCAGCUGCUGUCUCCUUCAGGCACUCUGCAGCCUCCAAUGCGUCUUAUCUGGUCUACAUUGGUGUUGGCAUGUUUGUUUGCACUUAUGCAUACAUGUUCAUCUGGGUAUACACUGGAGAGGUCAACGCCAAACGCAUACGUGAACGCUACCUCCAAGCUGUUUUGCGUCAAGACAUUGCGUACUUCGAUGAUGUUGGCGCUGGUGAAGUCGCCACUCGUAUCCAGACCGAUACCCACUUAGUCCAGCAGGGUAUGUCUGAGAAGGUUGCUCUUGUUUCCCAGUUCAUCGCUGCCUUCGCGGUCGGUUUCAUCCUCGCUUACAUCCGGAAUUGGCGUCUCGCCCUUGCAAUGUCCGCAAUUCUCCCUUGCAUCGGUAUCACCGGUGGCGUCAUGAACAAAUUCGUCUCGGGCUACAUGCAGAUGUCGCUCAAGCACGUUGCCGAGGGCGGUACUCUCGCAGAAGAAGUUAUCUCGACUAUCCGCACUGCCCAAGCAUUUGGCACGCAGAAUAUCCUUGCAUCUCUGUAUGACGUGCACAUCGCUGGAUCCCUCAAGGUCGACAUGAAAGCGGCCAUCUACCAGGGUGGAGGUCUCGGUAUCUUCUUCUUCGUCAUCUACUCUGCCUACUCCCUGGCGUUCGACUUCGGCACCACUCUCAUCAACGAGGGUCGUGCUACUGCUGGCGAGGUCGUCAACGUGUUCUUUGCCAUCCUUAUCGGUUCAUUCUCCCUCGCCAUGAUGGCCCCAGAAAUGCAAGCUAUCACCCAGGGACGUGGUGCCGCCGCCAAGUUGUACGCCACAAUUGAGCGAGUUCCCAGUAUCGACUCCGCCGACCCCAACGGUCUCAAGCUUGAGAAGGUUGUGGGCGAAAUUCAAUUCGAGGGUGUCAAGUUCAACUACCCCUCUCGUCCCGAUGUACCGAUCGUCAAGAGCCUCGACAUAUUUUUCCCUGCCGGGAAGACUGCUGCCCUCGUCGGCGCAUCUGGCUCUGGCAAAUCGACCAUCAUUUCCCUCAUUGAGCGCUUCUACGAUCCUCUCUCUGGCGUUGUCAAACUCGACGGUGUUAACGUGAAGGAUUUAAACGUCAAAUGGCUCCGUUCGCAAAUCGGACUUGUGUCACAGGAGCCAACCCUCUUCGCCACUACCAUUCGUGGUAACGUUGCACAUGGUCUCAUCAACACUCCCUGGGAGCAUGCCUCGCCUGAUGAACAGUUUAAGCUCAUCAAGGAGGCAUGUAUCAAAGCGAACGCCGAUGGGUUCAUUACCAAGCUGCCCAAUGGCUACGACACCAUGGUCGGCGAGCGUGGUUUCCUCCUGUCUGGUGGCCAGAAGCAACGUGUCGCCAUCGCUCGUGCCAUCGUCUCCGAUCCUCGUAUUCUCUUGCUCGAUGAGGCGACGAGUGCUCUCGACACGCAGAGCGAGGGGAUUGUGCAGGAUGCUCUCGACAAGGCUGCUGCUGGACGCACGACGAUCACAAUUGCGCAUCGUCUGUCUACGAUCAAGAAUGCGGAACAGAUUUUCGUGAUGGGUGAUGGUCUUGUUCUUGAGCAGGGUACGCACAACCAGCUGCUAGCCAACGAGGGCGGAGCCUACUCCAAGCUUGUGCAGGCUCAGAAGCUCCGGGAGACUCGUGAACAGGAUGCUACCACGACCCCGGAAGAUGAAGACACGAUCCCAGGAUCAUCAUCGAGCAAGGACAUGGACAAGGAAGCGGAGCGGGAGAUCCCUCUUGGUCGCCAAAACACGAAGCAAUCCGUCGCCAGCGAGAUACUGAAGCAACGGAAUGAGGAGAAGGCGAAGCACGAAAUCAGCGAGGACGACUACAGCAUGUCUUACUUGUUCAAGCGCAUGGCAUUAAUCAACAAGCCGGGUCUGCCCAGAUACGCUGUUGGUGCUUUCUUCUCUAUGAUGGUUGGCAUGGUGUACCCCGCAUUCGGUAUCGUCUACGGCCAUGCCAUCUCUGGCUUCUCGGAUCCGACCAACUCGGCAAGGCGGCACGACGGUGAUCGGAAUGCACUUUGGUUCUUCCUGAUCGCCAUUGUGUCUUCUUUCGCGAUCGCCUCUUCGAACUACAUUUUCGGUUCUUCUGCGGCCAUUCUCACUGCGAAGCUGCGCUCCAUCAGCUUCCGGGCUAUCCUUAGGCAAGACAUUGAGUACUUCGAUCGCGACGAGAACUCCACUGGUGCUCUCACUGCCAACCUGAGUGACAGCCCACAGAAGGUUAACGGUCUCGCUGGUGUCACUCUCGGUGCCAUCGUUCAGUCCAUCACCACAAUCAUUGGUGGAUCCAUCAUCGGUCUUGCUUGGGCUUGGAAGCCUGCCAUUGUCGGCAUGGCCUGCAUUCCUCUCGUCGUCUCUGCAGGUUACAUCCGCCUUCGUGUCGUCGUGAUGAAGGACCAGACCAACAAGGCCUCUCACGAGGGAUCCGCUCAAAUGGCUUGCGAAGCCGCCGGGUCCAUUCGCACCGUUGCUUCACUGACCCGCGAGGACGACUGCCUCCGGCUGUACAGCGAGUCCCUUGAGGGCCCGCUCCGCCAGUCAAACCGCACCGCGCUCUGGUCCAACAUGCUUUACGCGCUCUCGCAGUCCAUGGGCUUCUUCGUCAUCUCCCUCGUCUUCUGGUACGGUGCGACGCUCGUCUCGCGCCUCGAGAUCGACACGACCGCAUUCUUCAUCGCGCUCAUGAGCACGACGUUCGGCGCCAUCCAGGCGGGCAACGUGUUCUCAUUCGUUCCUGAUAUGUCCUCCGCCCGCGGUGCUGCCGCACACAUCGUCAAGCUCAUCGACUCCGUCCCUGAAAUUGAUGCAGAGUCGCCUGAGGGCAAGGUUCUCCCUCCGGGCGAGGUCCAGGGCCGCAUCGAAUUCGAGAACGUGCACUUCCGCUACCCCACACGCCCUGGUGUCCGUGUCCUCCGUGAUCUGUCCCUGACCGUCGAGCCUGGCACUUACGUCGCACUCGUCGGUGCUAGUGGAUGCGGGAAGAGUACGACGAUCCAACUCAUCGAGCGCUUCUAUGACCCCUUGACUGGUCGCGUCCUUAUUGAUGGGAACCCGAUCAACGAACUCAAUAUCCAGGAGUACCGCAAGCACAUUGCUCUUGUGUCGCAGGAGCCUACGCUGUACGCUGGUACCAUCCGCUUCAACAUUUUGCUCGGUGCUACCAAGCCCGCCGAGGAAGUCACACAAGAGGACAUCGAGGCUGCCUGCCGCAAUGCCAACAUCCUCGACUUCAUCAAGUCGCUACCAAACGGUUUCGACACUGAGGUUGGUGGCAAGGGCUCUCAGCUCUCUGGUGGUCAGAAGCAGCGCAUCGCCAUCGCUCGUGCUCUCCUCCGCAACCCCAAGGUCCUCCUUCUUGACGAAGCCACUUCGGCUCUCGACUCCAACUCGGAGAAGAUCGUCCAGGAGGCGCUCGACCAGGCUGCUCGCGGACGGACAACGAUCGCCAUUGCUCACCGUCUGUCGACGAUCCAGAACGCAGACUGUAUCUACUUCAUCAAGGAGGGUCGCGUCAGCGAAGCGGGCACUCACGAUGAACUUCUCUCGAUGCGCGGCGACUACUACGAAUACGUGCAGCUUCAGGCCCUUAGCAAGAAGUAAAGGCUUGCGCUCCUGAUUCGCAGAUUCAGAGUUUAGACCAUUUGAGAAGUUCAACACGGUGCUUGUUCAAAAAUCAACGCAUACCCACCAUUGUACCAACGACCCGCAUGGUUCUCCUUAAUAUCGGACGUGGAUGGAUGGCCAGGACAAGGAUGGACCUUCGGCAGAUAGUGUGAUGUUACUAACGCUGUCCAUUUUACGCAUGUAUCGACAUUUACGACCAGCUCUUUUUUACACUUCUUGAAUAAUGCUUCAUUCACGUACAUAGAUGCUUCUCUUUGGUUUUUUUUCUUGGUUAACAUUUACUAUACAACAUAUUUAGAAUUUCCUACGGGAAUUGCUGAUGAAUGGAAAGUGGAAAGCCACCCCUCCAACCUUUGUCUCUGGUGUAACAUUCUAAGCUCCAAGGACAUUUCUCGAUGCUCCUGAUUCACAAGGGUCUCGGUGUCUCAAGGUUGCUGAGAACCUCUUUGAUCUUCCCUCCCUCGAACCGAUAAAAAACGUUCUCCGCAAACGUGACCUUCUCCCCUCCGCCAGCUGUUUUAGGUUUCCAGCCUAGAAAUUCCCUCACGGGCGAACACACGAACUGGAUGCGCGCCGCCACAUCCGACUCGGACGCAAGCAGCAUCUGCAAGUCGUAGUGUAGAUCUGGAAUGACCUCGUAAUGCCCGUGGAUCAUGCUCUCGUAGUCGGCGCGCGUCAUCUGGUGCCCAUUGUGCGACACUUGGUCGUUGACGAACGGCUCGAGGGACCAGGACGCGUCCGGGGUGUGCGCGUUGAGCCUGGCGAUGUAUGCGAGGUAGUGGGCUUUGAGGACUUCGUUGGACAUAAAGUCUAGUAUUGAGGAUGACCGCAGCAGGUGAGGUGGUU